CGGUGAGUGUGAGAGGGAGUGAAGACAGUGACCUACAAACAGCCUCAAGAAUCUGUAGGCUACUGCACUGACCAAGGCCAGGACAGAGUUUGUGGUUCAGGGUACAGGAGAAAACACCUCCUGUUGGACUCGUAGGCUGUAGACCGUCUGGCAGUAGAUACACAGCUCAUGGUGUGGUGCAGGUAGGGAAGAAACACGAAUAGCGUGGGGUAACUAUUCUGGAUUUACGGACACUAGUGGCAGAGGUCUUGUAGUCUUAUUCUCGUGGUGAGGGUCAAAGUGGUAAUGGAUCUGUCUGCAGGAGUCAACACAGGGUUCGGACAGAGUACAUGAAAUGUUUGUAUAUGAUUUCAUGGAACAGCAGGAGAAGUUUCUGCAGAGGAAUUUAAACUGAGUGAACAAGAAAAAAGAAGAAGAGAUGGACAAAGGAGGAGGAGGAGGAUCGGAUGGGGAAAUGGAGGUCAAAAAAGAAGCAGAGGAAGAGAUCAGUGAAAGUGACAAGAAGCUCAAGGACCAGCUCAACAAGGCAGAAAAGGGAGACAAUGAGAAGGGUGAGAGUAAGAGAGAGAGUCAACGAUCUGGUUCAAUGUGGAGAGGAGGCUGGGCGCUGUCUGAACGUCUGGCCAUCAAUGUGUCAGGCAUGCGCUACGAGACACAGAUUCGAACCCUGGCCCAGUUUCCCGACUCUCUGCUUGGAGACCCUCAGCGCCGCCUGCGCUACUUUGACCCACUCCGCAACGAGAUCUUCCUGGACCGCAAUCGAUUCUGCUUUGAUGCCAUCCUUUACUUCUAUCAGUCUGGAGGUCGGUUACGGCGGCCUGCCAAUGUGCCUCUGGACGUCUUCAUGGAUGAACUGCGCUUUUAUGAGCUGGGAGAGGAUAUCAUGGCUCGCUUCAAAGAGGAUGAGGGCUUCCCCAAGGAGGAGCCUCGACCCCUGCCAGACAAUGAGAUCCAGCGCAAGCUGUGGAUGCUCUUUGAGCACCCCGAGUCCUCUGGAGGCGCCCGCAUCAUCGCCAUCAUCAGCGUGAUGGUGAUCGUGGUCUCUAUCCUCAUCUUCUGUUUGGAGACGCUGCCUGACUUCAGAGUAGAGAAGGAGCUGAGAGAGCAAAUGGCAUACCAGGCUUUCCUUGCCGGAAACAAUACCUCGCACAUCCCAAUGUCCUCUCCCUUCCAAGAUCCAUUCUUCCUGGUGGAAACCAUUUGCAUCUGCUGGUUCUCGUUUGAGCUAGUGAUGCGUUUCUCCUGCUCUCCCAGUAAGAUGUCCUUCUUCAAGGAUGUGAUGAACAUCAUAGACUUCUUUGCCAUUAUUCCCUAUUUCGUCACGCUCGGCACGGAGCUGGCCAAGUCUAAGGGAGCGACGCCGUCCAUGUCCCUGGCGAUCAUUAGGGUCAUCCGUCUGGUUCGAGUCUUCCGGAUCUUCAAGCUUUCUCGCCACUCCAAAGGCCUUCAGAUCCUGGGCCAGACGCUGAAGGCCAGCUUGAGGGAGCUGGCGCUGCUUAUCUUCUUCCUCUUCAUCGGAGUCAUCCUGUUCUCCUCGGCAGUGUACUUUGCUGAGGUGGACAACCCGGGAACGGCCUUCACCAGCAUCCCAGAAGCCUUCUGGUGGGCCGUGGUCUCAAUGACGACAGUGGGGUACGGCGACAUGUACCCGAUGACGGUGGGCGGAAAGCUGGUGGGCUCCAUGUGCGCCAUCGCCGGAGUGCUCACCAUCUCACUUCCCGUUCCCGUCAUCGUUUCCAACUUCAGCUACUUCUACCACCGCGAAACGGAGUGUGUGGACAACCAGGAAUAUACACAUGUCAGCACCUCCCUUUGGGAGGAAGAAGAAGGUGGGGAAGAAGAAGAUGCUGAGGAAGGGCCUGGGGAACAGGGAGACUGCGUUCCUCUUGAAGGAGGCACGACCUAUAGGGGGAUCUGCGCCCCUCUUAAUGGGACUCUCCUCGCUGGGCUUUGCACAGGACAGUCCGGAGUGCAAAGUGUAGGGAGCGUUUACCCACUAGUCACCCAAGUCUGAGAGACUGGAGAUCAAAGAGGAGGAUUGAGAGAUGGAGGUGGUCCUGUGCCAUGUUUUAUGGUACACUGCCUCACUGUCAUUCACUGAAUAUACGUGGAUGAUGGGAAGGAAUAAAUGCAAGAAACAAAAAAAGGUUGAUGCAGAUGUAUUAUCUUAAGGAAAGGUAUGAAGAUGUUAAAAAAACAGUGACUUUAUAUUUAUAACACGUCUUUAAACCACCUUCCUAACGUUCCCGGUAACCAAACUUUUUUUGACAUCACACCCUCUACACUGAACUUUAAAUCAAUGAAUGAGAAUCUAUUUUUAUCUAUUCAGAGAGUGGCAUCUCAAUGUGUUCAGAAAAAUAGUUAAGGAUAAGCUGAGCUGUGUUGUGCAAUAAAAGCGCUUGCACCUUUGCUUUAAAGAUCUUACUGGAACUGUUGACAUAUUUAUUGUCUGACUUAUUCGUAGGAAGAAGCGCCAUGCGGUGUCAUUUAAAUGUCAUGUAUUUUGUCACCCGUGUUGCAGCCAUGAAUGUGCCAGGGAUUUGUGUGUCCCGAUGAAUGGAUAAAGUCUUAAGUAUCAUUCAUCUGGAACAGUUUUGUGUUACUGCUGUUUUGACAUUGGUGAAAUGCUUGUGUAUUCAAAGGCUUUUUAGGAAAAUAUGUACAGUGAUUUACGAUGUGUGUGUGCUCCAUGAAUUGUGUAACGCUGAGUCAUGUUUAUAUACUAUUUAUAAAAAAUUUUAAUGACACAAAAAUCAUAA